AUGGAGAGUGUGGAGGAGUUUCACUACCAUACCUUCGUCUUAUUGGGGAGGGUGAUUGCAUGGGGGAUUCUGAUCUAUUCCGUGCAAUGGUCAGUGGUGAUCUCCGUAGUCCAAGAGGUGAAGGUGAACUAUGCCGAUGACCCGGAGAAGGAGAUCUGUGACGACGACCAGGAGACGGUGAUCUGUGUCUGCGACCAGAAGAAGGUGAUCUACGCCGUCGCAAUGGAGGAGGAGAUCUACGUCUUCUCACUGGAGAAGGAGAUCUACGUCUUCUCACUGGAGAAGGAGAUCUAUGUCUUCUCACUGGUGAAGGAGAUCUAUGUCUUCUCACUGGUGAAGGUGACCUCCGUCGUCGCACAGGUGAAGGAGACCUCCGUCGUCGCACAGGUGAAGGAGAAGGAGAUCUGUAACUUGAGUGGGAUCUGGAUCUUCUCCUCAAAUAAGGUGGCCUCCUAUGAGGGGAACGUCGUGGUGAAUGCCUGUGAGGAGAAAUUGAUCGCCUUUGUGGAGAAUGGUGAAUCUUUUCAGAAGAAAGAGAGCGCCCUCGAGCCACUGGAGACCUAG